AUGUCUUUGCCUCCUGGGUGGACGUCCGGUGUUUCACGAUCCACAGGUUAUUUAUGACACUAAAUUAUGUUGUUUGACCUUCGUCGAUGCAUAAUAUGCCCUUCCUUUCCUGUAUGCUGGGCCGAAAAAUCAGCUAACCGUCCAUUAGUUUUCGAGAGACAUCUAGGAGGGGGUGUAGCAGAAAGCUUCCUUCCUCGCACAGAUCGAGCACUGUCAGCCAGUCACGUUGCUAGCCCGCAAGUCAAUUAGACUAGCAAAUGUCUAGCCCUGGGCGACUUAAUGCUAUCAGGGCGUCCGACCCCGGAGUGUUUGGUUCAACUACUCAGUUGUACGGAAGUCUUGAUCAGGCGUCAGGGGCAACCGCUGCUGAAAAUUCGCUAGAUUACAACGAUGACCAGUCUCGCCAUUGAACUCUCUGGAAGGUUUCGUGCGGUUCGAGGAAUAAGGUAGAAACUCCGGCAAAUCCUGUACGCUAAGUACGACUUUAAAUUAGUGCCUCGUCCUUCGAUCGUUGCUGAAAAUCGAUUGGUUCCCAGCGCCCCUUGGGGACCGCGUCACUAAGGACGCAAAUGAUUGAGCGCAUGGGUGUGGCAAGUCUGUUGGGUGGCAGUGUCCUUCUGGCGCACGUUGCAUGCAAGCAGAGGCCGAAUGCCAAUGCGGUGACAGUCGUCGAUGGCGGAUAAAAAAUCCCCAUCCGCCCUGGCACGUAGAAACACAGUCGUAAACUAUAUUGUCUACGUAUUCGAUCCCUAACACGACAUAUUUCGCCGCCGUAAUGAGCAUUAACAUGUUAGAUUUGCUCGAUAAAUGUUCUAACUGGUGCAUCACAAAUUACAGCUGUCAAACGGGACUGCUGUGUUCGGUCGCUAAUAUCGACAGGCAGACCGGACCUAGCCAGAGAUAAAAACUUCCCAGUCAGCGGUCUGCAAGCCGACUACAUCUCCAAGGACUACCAAAGCCGCAAUAAAUUCCUGCAACAAAUAUUUCACUAACAACUGGCUGCAUAAUUCUACCUAAGAUACGCCAAAAUUAACGGUUUGUUUUCUUAUGCACAGACAUACAUGUGGGCAUAUGGGCGUUAGAAGUUAAGUCUGAAAUGACGUACAAUAUUCACGGCAUUGUCCACCUACUGGACGAUGUUAUACGGCAGGGUCCGCUUGAUAGCUUCUCCUCAUUUUCUUUCGAAAGUUAUCUUGGCAAAGUAAGACGUAUGCCGAGAAAAUCGUUACAACCGCUACACCAAUAGUUAAAUAUGCAACUACCCAAUCGCCUGAGUUAUCCAUGAAAGACACCCGUAACUCAUCAGUUAACUGCUCUACAGGUCUUAAGUAAGUGCACUCAUCACGGCCCGUUGCCGCAUUGCCUGCCCCACUCGACAGCAUUCGCGCGUCCGGGAGCAGGUCAGAGGAAAGCCUUCUGGUAGUCUUGAGAAGACUGGCCAGGUGAAUUAUGGAUGUGCGCAAGCGUACUGCUCACGAAGACACAGCACCGAGUUCCUCCAAAGCGCAACUGCACUUCCUUAAUCGCUGCCGUGGUCAACGAUUGACUCCAAAAUGUGUCACCUAUAAGCCGCCCGUGAAUUCGACCUCGGGAAGGAAGACUGGCGCAACACGGCAGAAGAAUGUCUAGAAUACUUAUUCAUGAUUGCCAUCAAAGACUACAACGUUUCAGCAUAGAAAUUUCUCAAUCCAAGUCAUAUUUCGUGGCAACUACUGGUGAAGGAUCGAAGGAUAUUGAAGAACCCAUUCUCAAUCAUGCUCCAAAAGUAUUUACCUUAAAGGACAAAGAAUUAUCAGUGAAAUUGGCCAAACUGAGACAAGCUCGCUCAGGUAACUCGUCGGGCGACCUCGUUCACAACAUUUCCUCUAAAUCCCUCAUCUGCACACAACUUGCAAUCCUGGGACGUAGACGCACUUUCAACACAACAGACGCUGCAUCCCCAGAGUUCAUUGCCGCUUUUAAAUCUGUUCUUCAUCUAUCGCAAACUUAAGAAGAGGCGAGAGAGCUGAUUCGCCACAAAACCUGUUUGUUAAUGCAAUACAAGAAGAGCGAAACUCAGAAAAGAAGAACAGCAAGCAUUAAAAAGCCUAAAAGCGGAUAAAGACAUAAUCAUCUUGCCGGCUGACAAAGGUCGUUCCAGAGUAGUGCUUGACAAAUCUGAUUACCAGAAAAAAGCUUUGAGCCUACUCGACGAUCCACAGUUCUAUAAACUUUGACCAGCCAGUGAGACGAAAAAUCUGCUUACUGAAAUAAACAUAAGUCUGGCAAAACUCAUAGCAAGUGGGGCAAUCACAGCCAGCGAUUGGUUUCUUAUAAAACCCUCUGACUCUGUCACAGCCCGGUUUUACGGUCAGUCGAAGGUACAUAGAGGUAACAUACCGCUUAGGCCCAUCGUCUCUCCACGUGGCAUUCCUACAUACGGUUUGGUAAAAUAGAUGUUUGAUCGUCUUUAGUCCUGCCAGAAGGUUAGCCAACAGCAGUGGCUUCUGCUAGUCAAUUCCUGGAACGUUUAAAACAUCGGAAACCAGAGCCAGAUGAAUCCGUAGUAUCUUUUGGUGUCGUUUCACACUUCACUCCCAUUCCACAACAGCUAGCGAUUGACGUUGUAAGACAACUCCUGGCUGACCCUUACGACGAGGGAGACAACCACCUGAAGACUGAACACCUCUUGGAGCUCUUACGGUAUUGCAUAAAAACAUAUUUCAACUUUGGUGGGAAAGUGUAUGAACAAAUCAAAGGCAUCCCCAUGGGCUCUCCCGUAUCAGGACUGAUUGCUGAAGUGAUCCUUCAAAAGAUAGAACACUUGGUGUUCACCAAGUGUCAACCAAAGUUCUGGGCUCGUUACUUCGAUGACACUUUUGCCAUUGUAAAAUCAUCAGACGUAGAGCACCGUAAAAAAUAGCUGAACUCGGUUGACCCGAAUAUCCAAUUCACGAUAUAGGCUGAAACAAACAACCAACUUCCCCUCCUCGAUGUCCUUGUGCGUCGGUGGGCAACAGGGCAGUUGAAAACUACCGUUCUCAGAAAAACCACCAACACAAGACAAAUACUACACUUCAACAGCAAUCACCCCCUCUCUCACAAAUUCAGCUGUGCCCAUACUCUAUUCCAAAGAGUUGAAACACGCUGCAGCACACCAGCUGACAAAAGAGUUGAACGACAAUACCUUAAUGACCUCUUUCGGGCCCAUGGAUACCCAAGCUGCUUUAUCAAGCAAAGCAGGAGCCGAGUGAUUAGACGACGGAUACAAGAAAAACAACUCGAACUAUGGAGGGCUAUUCCUUACAUUAAAGGAGUCUUCGAGGCGGUUUCACGACUGUUACAACCCGCCAGGGCAGGCAUUGUCCAUCGACCCCAGGCAACAAUGCGUCGCCGUUUGAUGCAACCCAAGGACGUACUGCCACCCACUGAAACCGCAGCAGUUGUCUAUUAAAUAAGUUGUAAAGAUGGAGGCUGCAACUACGUUGGGGAAACCGGAGAGAAAUCGCAGGCCUGCCUUAAUGAGCACAAAGUGGUAACUCGGAGAGUAGACCCAAACCCACAGCUUACGACUCAUCGGAGAAACUGGCCACAGUUUUGACUUUCAAGGAACAACCGUCUUAGGCCAGGCACCUUAAGGACAGAACGUCUCACGCGUGAGGCUUGGUACUCAGAUGCCAACUCCAUCAACAGGCAUCCAGACCUUCCUGCGGCCCAUAAAGUCCUACGUCACUACAUACGCAAUGCUCAUGACAAGACUGUCAACGGAGCUUAAGAAUACGGAGAAAACACGGCUCGUCGACUAAUUCAUCCAAAAGGGGGGCACAAACGCAACCGACUCCAAUUGAGGUGACGGCACACAUUCAAAAAAGCUGGAGUCAGCCUGUUCAGUCACCGUCCAUUUCCAGAGCGCCCUGAUAACGGAUCAGUGGUUUGCCUCAGUGACCGCUUGAUGGGAUAUUAGAACUGAAGAGUAAGGAGUUUAGGAAGAACAUCUAUGCAAAAUGUGAAAGAGCGGUUCGCAUACACUAUGUUUGACUGUCUGCCUUCAUGACCCGCUUGUGAAAGUGAGCACUGCUACCACACUCAUGGCACAACAUCGAGUCCGGUAAAGUCAUUUGCGCAUUCUCUUGGGCAUAUACACCGCAGUGUGAUGAGAUCCUUCGAUUGUUUCCCAGUUAUUGCCACUAGCACCUGUUAGACAAUCAUCGUUUCUGUUCUUCCAGGUAAAACGUUUUAUGUCAAUACCCUGACAAACGAGUCUCAGUGGGAAGUUCCUACGCAACCUGCUCGUGGCUCCAAUGACCAAGUGCGUUGUAGUCAUAUACUGGUUAAGCAUUCUGGCUCCCGGCGGCCUUCUUCGUGGCGUAGUCCAAACAUCACCCGGAGCCGCGAGGAAGCACUAAAUAUCCUCAACGGUAUGUUUCAUCCGAACACCUACUUCUUGUAGUUGCUCCUUUUGAAAGCAUCCAGGCACUCUUUCUUCCAUUUUAGGUUACAAGGCUGACAUUGACUCAGGCAAAGCAACCUUCAGUGAAAUUGCUACGCAAUACAGUGACUGUAGUUCUGCACAGAAAGGCGGUGACUUGGGCUUUUUCGGCCGCGGUCAAAUGCAGAAACCCUUCGAAGAUGCAGCCUUUCAACUUCGACCAGGUGAAAUGAGUGGCCCCAUCUAUACCGACUCUGGCAUCCAUCUAAUUUUACGGACCGCCUAG